AUGUCCUUGCUGGGGCGUCUCUCUUGUUUAGCCGUUGCCCUUCUCUCCGCCGCGUACUCGGCGUACGCCCUCGUGCAGUACCGUAAUGCGUGGUGCCUGUGUCGCAGCCGCCUCGUCGUACCACGUGCGGUGCAGCUCUUCCACACGCACCUCAUACGGAACAGUUUCCUCAGGACAGCAGCUAUCGUGCAUUACUUUCACGUCGCAAAGGGCGCCAGCGCGACACCGCCGGCGCCUGCCACGGAGUCAGCAGCAGCAGCAGCAGAAGUAGCGCAUGAAGGCACUCCGUCCGACCAUCCGCCUGACGGGGCUGCCACGCCGCCACGUCCCCCCACGUGCCCUGUUGCCUUUGUGGACAGAGAGGCGUUCGACGCGAACGUGCGCGCGGUGGGCGCGCUGCUGCUGAGCCAGCACAAGCAUAUUCGGCUCUCCACGAAGGGUGUGCGCUGUCCGGAGCUGCUUGAGCGGGCUGCGGCGCUGCUGGAGAGGCUCGCCCACCCGUGCCCCGACUACGACCUUGUCUCCCCCGAGAAGUCCUUCGUACCCGGCCUUCUGACGGUCACCGCCAGAGAGACGCUGUUGUGGGCGCGGCGCGGUACCUUCUCCUCGCUGCUGCUGGGGACGCCGGUGGUGGACGCGGCGAGUGCCGCCUUUUACGUGGAAGCGAUGACACUCAAUAACCAGUCGAAGGUGCGCUGCCAGGUGGUUGUGGACGCGGUGGAGCAGCUGCAGCUCCUCUGGGCCGCCGCGAAGGCCUGGAUCGCCGACCGCGGGUACACGCGACUUGGGUUUGACAACGCGGUGGAGUCUCUGCAGUUUAACCUGCUCCUCCUUGUUGAUGUGUCGUUUCAGCCACCGUGGGCUCAGCAGCGACGCGGUGAAACUCCACACGCCCUCCGCACGCCACCCGACGUGAUGCAGUUCUGCGCCGCGGUGGAGGACUUCAACGCGCAAGUGGAGCGGGAGAAGAUGCCGGUCGGCGUCAAGUUCAUCGUGCGGGGUAUGUGGACACACGAGUGUGGCCAGCUGUCGCAUGUCGACACCGCACCUGUUGUCGUGCCUUCUGCUACUUGCGUCGUGCCGGCGCGGUGGCUCUUGCGCUACCCGCUGCUUCAGCUGUACAAGCAGCACGUGUCGAAGAACGUAAGCAUGCGUCGCCGCUUGGUUCUUCACUGGUGUGGUUACAAGAAACAGGUGAUGCCGGACAACAUAAUCGUUGGUGGCGGCAGCAGUGCGUCGCUCAUGUGGUCCGCCCACGACGACACCCUCAACGAGGUGUGUGUGGGCGCUGGUCUGCUGUGCGGGCACAAACAGGACCGCUACGUUGACUCGAUAUUUAGGCCGGCGCUGUACUUUGCGCUGACCGUCACGCGCGUGGCCUCGCAGGAGAUGUGCGUCUGCGCUGGCUUCGGCGAGAGUGUCUCGCCUGCGGCGGCGGCGGUGUACCCGCCACAGCUGCAGCGCGCGCACCGCACCGGUGAGUGCGUUGACGACGACGUGGAGAUUGGUGUCCGCAUUUUGUCCAAGACAACAGAGGACGAGCGUCCAGUUGGCGUCGGCGAGCCCGUUGUGUUCCGGCCGUCGCACAGCGGCGCACUGGCGGAGCUCGUUGACGCCUUUCUACUCGUCACAGAGGAAGGCGAGGUGGCGGCUAACAUGCACACGUACAGGGGGAUGAAGUGGAACAUAUGGGCGUAG